AUGUACUGGGGGCAGGUGGAGCUGCGUCAAGGUGGAACAUCACCACCUAGUCGUGGCGGUGAUGGGGGUGGCGAGCAAUUCUCAGCGCUGACUGAAGUGCUCUUCCGCUUUCUAACAGAGCCCAAGGAGGUGGAAAGGUUUCUGACUCAGCUCUCAGACUUUGCCACCAUGAAUAAAAUCAGCUUGGGCCCCCUGAAAAACAUUGUCAAAAGUAUUCUUCUGGUACCUAAUGGUGCCCUGAAGAGGAAUUUGUCUUCUGAACAAGUCAGAGCAGAUUUUAUUGCUCUAGGCCUCAGUGAAGAGAAAGCCAGUUACUUUGCAGAACAGUGGAAGGUGAAUUCCCCCACCCUAACACGCCUGGCUGUUGGUCAGACGCUGAUGAUUAACCAGCUGAUAGAUAUGGAGUGGAAGUUUGGAGUGACUGCUGGGAGCAGUGAACUGGAAAAAGUGGGAAGUAUCUUCUUACAGCUGAAGCUGGUGAUUAAAAAAGGGAGCCAAAUGGAAAACGUGUAUAUAGAGUUAACUUUGCCCCAGUUCUACAGUUUUCUGCAUGAAAUGGAACGGGUCAAGACCAGUCUGGAAAGCUUCAGCUGAAACUGCAUGGCCUGACCCGACAUCUGUCCAGGAUGUUUAUUUUCUCCUCGUGGGCCUGCAGAGCCGCUCUUUCC